AUGUUUCUCCUUCUUCUACGAAAGCUAUGGAUCCGAAGACGAAGAUUAGACACCGAGAAGUCAUCCACUUCCUCAACUACGUCCCACGAGCUCAAAUUCCAAGAGAAAGAAGUGCAUCUACCCGAGAUAACAAUGAGCACUGCACCACAGCAUGACGAAACAGACCAGAUUAUCAAUCAAUUAGCCACCCUUGCAGCUACCGUGAGCAACACAUCGAACAACAGCGUCUCAUCAUCGACUGCUGGCCCCAUAUCAGAGCCCCAAUCAGCAGCAUCCAACCCUGAAACAGAACAACCAGAAGAAGAAGAAUCAUUCUACCAUCUUUGCAGUCUGAUAACGGUCUCCUGUUUGCCGCAGCAUUCGCCAAGCCAUACACCAACUCCCUCAGCCUCAACGCUAGGCUCUAAAUCAGGGAAACGCAAAAGUCAAAUCUUUGAUCGGAAGAGAGCCUCAUCAAUUCUAAGUUUACAUCUUGGUGAUCUACCGAGUUUGCCGUUUUCCUCGAAAGGGAAGGUCUCGCGCAAGCCUUGUCCGAGGUAUACUCCUCUCCCUCCGCCAUUUGUGCAGAAGAGGCUCGCUAUUCGGCCUGAGGUACGUUUCUAA